AACUGGUUUAAGCGUAACACGGCUGACCAACCCAUCUGCUUUAUUUCGAAUAUCGAGUUUAAUUUCUGCCCACGACCACAGCCUACUGACUAACUAUGUCGUCAUAACUAAGUGAAUUAAACUGUCAGAAGGUUCCAUGUUGUCACGUAGUUUGCCGGUUUGCUGCCUAACUUCGUUAGCUGGCGUACCCGCAGUCUUGACGUUAGCCAUCUAGCUAGUAUCCUUCAAAUAUAUAAGAAUGGCUUCGAUUCCGGGUGGCCCGCUACUAACCUGGAAAUCUACAAAUGCUGUCAUAUGUAACGUUAGCUGGCUACGGUAGCUUCUAAUUAUCAGUGUCCAUUUGCAGGUGGUUAUUUAUGUUCAUAUAAAAUGUAUUAGGAAAUGUAGCUACCGUUUCGUUCCAUGACAUAAUUCCCAACUGGUAUUAUACGUUUUGGUAGUAUAACACUAAAUUGUUAGCAGCAAAAUUACGUUAUCAACACCAGCCGAUACAGUAUAGUAGUACCUAAACAUAUUUGUAUGGAGCCAAAUUGAGCUCAUAUGUGUUGACUGCAAGAAAAGAGAAACCUAAAUGAAAUAUUUCAUAGUUUGAAAAAAACGAAAUUCAAUCGUAUGAAAAAAAUAAAUUCACACGUGGUAAAAGUGUAUGCUAAAAUCAUUAAAUAGAUUUUCGCGUCCGUUCUUAAAAUGUCUUCGUUCAAAUACCUUUUUUUCACGUUCGCUUCUUGCGAUGACAAUUUCUUCUUUUCUCAAAACCAAGUUUUGAGCCUCGAUUGGCUUGGAUGCGGGGCUUUAUCAUGCCAUUAACCAUUGCAUAAGUUGAGGGAUUUAGCUGAUCAAUAAACAUGGAAAACAAUCGCUGGUCAUAGGUUUUUGAUGAAAGGUUUCAAUAUGGGCUGCCAAUGUGCCAUGACUGAAAAUACAACCUUCUAUAGAUAAUCAUUUUUGUUACUUAUCCAGAGACUCAUGAGUGCAUGUAUACAUAUUUGAUGAGUGAACAGAGUGAGCAUCUUCAACAGCAACAAAAUGGGACUACAAUUUAUACUACGAUAAUAGCAAGUAUGAAGGAAUUGAAGCGGAAUCUUCCUAUGCGUCAGUGGCUGGUGAAGAGAUCCCAGCACUCCAUUCCAGCUGAGAUAGGAGCUAACACAGCUCCAGGGGCAGCGCAGGUCCCCAACGCUGCCACCAAUCGGAUUCUCGGUCAGUGGCUGUUGGGCUGCAGUGGACUGGUGGUCGGGGCAGUAGUCCUGGGAGGUGUCACGAGACUGACUGAGUCUGGGCUUUCCAUGGUAGACUGGCACCUGGUGAGAGAGAUGAAGCCUCCACAUUCUCAAGCUGAGUGGGAGGCGGAGUUCACCAAGUACCAGCAGUUCCCUGAGUUCAAAAUAAUGAACCAUGACAUGACUCUACCGGAGUUCAAGUUCAUCUUCUAUAUGGAAUGGGGCCACAGGAUGUGGGGUCGGCUGGUUGGGCUGGCCUACGUCCUCCCAACCAUCUACUUUUGGAAGAAAGGCUACUUCAACAAAUCUAUGAAGGGACGUACCCUGGGGCUCUGCGGUUUUGUCUUCUUUCAGGGCCUCCUGGGCUGGUACAUGGUUAAGAGUGGUCUGCAAGAGAAGCCGGAGUCCUAUGAUGUCCCCCGAGUCAGUCAGUACCGCCUGUCAGCUCACCUUGGGUCAGCUCUGGUCCUCUACUGUGCUAGUCUGUGGACGGGGCUGACGUUGUUGGUUGAGCCUCACAAGUUGGCUAAUACUAAGCAUCUGAACCAGCUGAGGUGGUUUGCUAAGGGCACUGCAGGAUUGGUCUUCCUCACCGCACUCUCAGGUGCAUUUGUAGCAGGUCUUGACGCUGGGUUGGUGUACAACUCUUUUCCUAUGAUGGGAGACCGAUGGAUCCCUGACGACCUACUGGCCUUUUCUCCCAAGUUCAAGAACCUCUUUGAGAACCCCACCACUGUGCAGUUUGACCACCGGGUUCUGGCGAUCUCCACUCUCAUGGCCAUCACUGGUCUUUAUAUGUUUACCAGAAGGAUGAUGCUACCUAGGAGAGCUAAGAUGGCCAUCUCCUGCCUUACUGCGAUGGCCUAUACACAGGUGGUCCUGGGUAUUAGUACUCUGCUUCUCUAUGUGCCCACUCCCCUGGCAGCGACCCACCAGGCAGGCUCUGUUGCCCUCCUCUCAUUGGCCAUCUGGGUCCUCGCUGAGCUUAGGAAGGUGGCUAAGUAGUUACCCACUUCGCUACUGUGACAUCCCAGCCCUGGAUAAGAAUAUUCAAAAUACUUUUCAUCCUCAAGUACUAAUGAGGAGAGGAUCUAAGUCCAAAAAAUAAAAUGUCCCGAAGACAGUUUGACGCAAUGUUGAAUAACUCCCAUGUUGAAAUUCUGAAGUUAUUUUCAUGUUAAUUUAUAUCAUAACACACAGGUUGACUUUUUAAGGCUAUGUUUGGAAUGUUUCCAAGAAAGUUUCCUCCCUGCUGUGCAGCGGUUGGGCCUGCAGGGUAUUCCUGUAGUUCAGCAAGCUUACUCAAAAACAUUACUGUCAGUGACUGACUUUGCAAGUACGUGAUAGAUGUAAGUUCAAUGUCCAGAAUUCCAGAAUGGUUAAGCUGAUUGAAGCUGUUUUAGCACUUUAGUUGUAGGAUAAAAUGAUGCAUGUGAUUUUCUGGAUUUUUGUUUUAGAUUCCGUCUCUCACAGUUGAAGAGUGCCUGUGAUAAAAAUUACUUUGUAAGUAGGAAAACCUGCAAAAUCGGCAGUGUAUCAAAUGUGUUCUCCCCACUGUAUUUGGUGGAUUCAAAAUACUUUCGAUCAUGGUAUGUGACAUUAUCAUUUUGAUUGCUUGCGUACACUUAAUUUUUUUUUUAAUACUAGCAGGUACAUAGAAAGUUCUGGAUGUGUCUUCUGGCUAUUGAUAAGGAUUUGGUAAUGUUUUUGUUUUAUUUGUUCCCUAUCCUGUCUGAUUAUGCACCGCCUCCUGAGUUCAUUGUCAUCUGGAGUGGAACAUAAAUGUGCCCCUUACCACAGAUCUAGAAUCAGUGACUAGUUACCCAACAACUAAUCCUUACCUGAACCAGGUGGAGGGAUACUUGGAUAUUUGACCCUGGUUUAGUUGAGGCAAUGUUUUCCUAAAUUCUUUCUCCGCAUAUGUAAUAUUCAAUUAUUUCUUAUAUAUUAUUUUUGGAAAUUUUUAUGAAACUAUAAUUUAAGGUGGGUUGUUCAAUCUUGGCCGUUAUGGAUUUUAUUUCUAAAUGAGGGCCAUCACACAAGCUUAUUAAAUUAAAUCGCAGCAGUGCAAUGAUGUUCAAGUGAUUGUUGCUAGUUACUUUGUUCUUGAUCUAUCAUAAACAGACAUUGCAGGUUCUCCAUUAGAGUAACCAAAAAUACAUUUGUGAAAGAACAAUGUUUCAGGAGUCACUGUGUACUUUGGGAGUUAUAUUGCAGUUGACUUACUGCAUGGGCCUUGGCCAUCAGUUACAAUAAGAAGUCCUUGUUUGAUCACACAUUUCAUUAUGGCUUUCCAUCUUUGACCUGUUUCAGUCAGUGGAGUGAGCCAGAUCCAAUCGAUUUUUGUACAUUAGCCCACUGACAAAGUUAUCAGUCUAAAAUGUUUAUGGUAAGUUUAUUUGAACAGUGGGAGACAGAAUAACAAAUCCAGAAAAACACAUUUUAAUGAGUGUAAUAAAA